ACUUUGAGGAGUAAAGCUGUGUUUAGGGAGACUUCUCGUUACAUACUUCUGUUUAACCUUCUUUUGGCAGAUACUUUACAACUGGUAUACAGUCAGUCAAUGUUUCUACUGUCUCUUACUAAAAUAUCACUAUUGUUUCCUGUGUGUGCUGCUCUAACAGUACUUUACUCACUUUCACACAGAAUAUCUCCAGUUACACUGGUGAUUAUGUGUCUAGAGAGAUAUGUAGCAGUGUGCUAUCCAUUCAGGCACAGUACCAUCAUCACCAUGAGAAACACAAGAGUGGUUAUUUGUAUUGUUUGGACUUUUAGCUCGCUAAAUGUUAUUAUUCAACUAAUUAUAUUACAUAAGUUUGCCUACAGUUUGCUUGAUAUGCCGCACAUAAAGAUGCUAAACUCAUGUGGAAAAGAAAGUGUCUUUGUUGAUCUGGUGUCUGAUCUUUAUGACAAAGUCUCCACAUAUUUUCUGUUUGCAUUAGGAGGUGUAACAGUCCUUUUCACCUAUACUGGUAUUAUWGUWGCAGCUCGCUCAGUAUCUACAAACAAAGCUUCAGCCAAUAAGGCUCGUAAAACACUACUGCUGCAUCUGGUGCAGAUGGGCCUAGCUAUGUCCUCAACUAUACAUAACUCAUUACUUAUAGUUAUCUUUAAAAAUUUGGAUGGGGUUGUAAUUGUACAAAUGCAGAUUUUUUUGUACAUUUUUUUAACUAUUCUUCCUAAAUGUCUGAGCUGCCUCAUCUAUGGUCUCAGAGACCAAACCAUCAGACCUGUCCUGAUGUUUAAUCUCAGCUGUCAGUGGAGACACUCAUCUUUAAUCUCUGAUGUCCCAGCUAAAGAUAAAGCUUAAUAUUAUAAUUAUGUGUGAUUUGUAAUUACUGGUUACAAGUAUCUUGGUUUUGCUUUUCAUGAGAAUAUGACAUUUGCAGAAGGUAAAAGGUUAAUGUCUGAAUCUGCAGGGAGAACACUAGAAAAUGUAAUUAAUAAGAUUAAGUUGUAUCCAGAUCUGGGCUUCUCCGCAUUUACCACAUUGUAUGACUCUAUUGUUAAUUC